AUGCAGGAUCGUCAACCGUUAAGUUUUCCGUUGUUUCACGCACAUAAUUCAAACAAGGGGGUAUAUGAUACCGAUGCUGAUGAAUCUGAACUGGCGGAUACUGACUCUUCGCCGCACGAACUGGUGACCCUCAUUUUGGAGGGUUCCCGCGUGGGGUGUGCCAAGUAUUCGCCUUAUACUUGUAUCGUCGAGGUGUUUGAAGCUGGAGCUCUGUUUGGAGUUGGUAGUGGUAGCCGCUGCAGGACAGGCAUUACCGGAAAGGGCACGAAUCAGCGCAUACUUCCUGUCCUUACUCAAGAUGAUAUUCCUUCAAGCUUGCUUUGGUUAGUACGGAUUCUGGAGACCCAUCGACCCCUUAUUUUUCUGCCAAGCGAAGGUUCGGAGCCAUUGGCGGAAAUUUGCCACUUAUUAGGCUUUAUACCAUCCCACCUUUCCAGAACGAGCGCUUUCAACCCCAAUGAUGUAAUUCCACAGCUUUUGCGUAUGUAUCCACAUCUUACAACGGAAGAAAUCUCAUCCCGAUUCAACUUUAAUCACAAGGCUAUGUUGUCUGCCAUGUCUGCUUUACUCAGGUACACUUCUUUAGUACAAUCCAAUAUUCACAAUAUCGUGGAACGUAUGCCCUAUGGGAUCAUGUAUAUAGAUGCUGCCGCGAUUCAAUGGCUUCAGCUAACCCGGACAGAACGCCAUCCAUGUGCCUACCAGGGUAUUGGUCAACCAAAGGAGGGUCUUUCUUUGUUUAGCGUUGUGAAUCAGACCGUAACUGCGUUUGGGCGUGCUCUCCUUCGUCAGUGGUUUGCGCUCCCUAGCUGCGAUUUAGACGAACUGCAACAGCGACAGCAGGUAGUGCAAUAUUUUUCAGCGGUCUGUUGUCGAGAAACCCAACAGCAGAUUCGCAGUGCACUCAAAAAAUUACACCCAACAGAUCCUAUCUUCACGCUUAUGAGACGCGGCAAGGCAACACUAAGGCACUAUCGCCUAUUAUUGCAAACUAUGCAUGGACUUAUUGCAUUGCAUACCCUUCUUUUGCCCAUAGCUCAUGAAGUGAAUUUUUUGCGCAACCUCAUGAAUAGUUUUAACAUGGAAUCGAUUCAGAACAUGGCCUCGACUUUGGAAAACUCCAUAUUUUGUAUUCUUCAGCUCACUCAGAUAAAUCGUGAUCGCAACUAUCGACGUAAUAGCACAACAGACGGUCAGCGUGGCGAUAAUUUUCUAUAUAACGUCGCUUACAUGGUGAACCGUGAUCACUGCAAAGUAGACUGCUAUGCGGUAACUCUUCAAUGGGGCGUCGACGGUGUACUGGAUGAGCUGCGGGAGCAUUAUGCUUAUCUACCAUCUAUUCUUGAGCAGAAAGCCAAAGAGAGUGAACAGGAAUUGUUGAGGGAUAUGGGCAAGACAGAUGCAUACAUAAGAAGGGCAUUGUGCACUCUUCGGUGUACCCAAAUAGGGACCCUUGGCUACGUUUUGUCCCUCAAUGAGGAAGCUUUUCUUUCCUGCUUGUUGCAAUCCUCUGGUGUGGGAAAAGAGAGAGCUACCUAUUUUGAAGAAUCCUUACGUGGCUCCUCACCUCACCCGCCGAGGACCUUGAGUGUCAAUAACGAUAAUCCUUACCUCACUUCUCUAAGUUCAGAUGGAGAUGUAUUAAACCAGUUUUGCUUGAAGUACAAUUGGGAAUAUGUGCAAACUUCCGAGGGGUUGCUUCACUUCAAAACAAGCAAAAUGAAGGAACUCGACGCUUACGUUGGCGAUCUCCUCCAGCGUAUGAUCAUGCGCGAAAAUGAUGUGCGACGCGAGUUGGAAGAGGAACUACUGAGGUGCUCUUUAGAUUUGCUGAAACCGGCACGGCCACUAGCAGAGCUGGACUGUCUCCUAAGUUUUGCGUAUUGUGCGACGGAGUUCCAGUGGGUCUGUCCGCGACUUGUCAGGAAACGCGGUCUGGUGCAUAUUGUUGACGGAUGGCAUCCCCUUUUGCAACAGGUUCUUCGUGGCAACGAGCUUGUUCCCUUUACCUUUAUUGCUAAUGACACGAGUGAGCAGGUCUGCGUUGUGGCAGGUGAGAGUGGGAGUGGAAAGUCUGCGUUGAUCAGUGCCAUCGCGCAAAUCAUUAUUCUUGCCCAACUGGGCUCCUUUGUGCCCUCGCGCGAAGCGACACUUGGACUUUUCAGUUAUAUCAUUACUUGUAAUUCUACAGGUAUGGUUCCAGAACAGCUUUCAAGCUUUCAAUCUGAAUGUUUGCAAGUGAAUCGCAUGUUGCGUCAUUGUGCCUACGAGCGUAUCACCGCUGCGGCUACUUUCCACGAAGCUACAAAGGAACCGCUCAAGGGGUGUAGAGAAAAAAAUGACAAGUGCGAAGACAAAAAUAUCGUAAUGGAUGACACCUCUCGACCUUGCGGUAACACAACGGUUUCAGGUCUUAGUACCGAGCCAGAGCAUCAUUUGACAGGUACGCUGAUACUCAUAGAUGACAUUGGCCGUGGUACAACACCACAUGACGCUAUGGCGCUUCUCGGCGCCGUUUUACGUUACUUGGUUGGCCUAAAAGUCUCUGAUUCGUAUGCCGAUCUUACUGAAAACGUUGACGGCUGUAUCUCCGACACUCAUGUGGGGUACCUCCAUGACAUAUCAGAGGUUUUAUGCCCAACCGUACUUUGUGCAACCCGUUUUUAUGAGCUUAUGGAAGUAGGCCAGCAAUAUAUUAACAAUACAAAAAUGAAUACGACGGUUCCCUCCGAUAGGAACACAGAUAAAAAUGAUGAGUCGCUGCGUUCUGAGCUACUUCGCUUUCCUUUCGAACGGAUUACCUUUUACAAUUUACCAUGCUUGGCGGUAUACCCCGAUCAGAAAAGGACCCAGAGCUCAUUUAUGAAGCAUGGAGCGUCUGAAGAAGAGGUGGUUUGCGUGGAAGAUAUAUCAUACAGUCAUCAGCAUAAGACAGAAAAAGUCACUACAUUCGAGCUCCCAAUUGAUGUAGUGCCAACGUAUCAGCCAUGCAGAGUAACAUUAGGGUCUGAUCAAUAUGGGAAGCGCUACAAUUUUCGUAAAGAAUGUUGUUUAUACGGUGGGGUGGCCAUGGCACAGCGGCAUAACCUUCUUUUAUCCUUGUUACUAUACUGGAAGGAAGGGUUGAAGAUUAUGUCUUCAUUCUCACAACAAUAA